AUGAAUAAUUAAAUAAAUUAAAAAGGUUCAAAGGUAUUAAUUCAAUUGGUUUUGGAAGAGAUGAAGUAGAGGCUGAUCAAAUUUGAUUAAAAGAAAAUUUUAUUGAAUAAAUGUUAGAAGAAGAAGUAAAUUUAAUUUUCUUGAGAAAUAUUUUAAGAGAACUUAAAUAUUUAGAUUUCUAAGAAUAAGAUAUGGAAUAACUAUAAUAGAAAAUAGGAAAUAUAUCAAUCAUCUUAAAAUAAUCAUAACUAUUAAACUGUAUAUAGUUUGUUAAAUGGAGAAAAUGAAGAAAUUGUUGAUAAAAAGUCUAAAAAAAUUGUAACCCUAUAAGACAAUAGAAUAAAAGAGAAUAUUUCAAAUUAAUAUCAGGAAUGUUGUAAUCAUGAAUAAGAAUUAAAGAAAGAGAAAUUAAUUCAUCACAGAAUGAAAAAUUAAACAGAAAGAAUAGAAAAUGAAAUAUUUUCAUGUUCAUAUGAUUAUUUUUAAGUCAUUGUUUCUAAAGGAAGUUAAAUUUGUUGA